CCGGAAAUGAGUCCUAGAAAGCCGCGUCACCAUAGCAACCGAGUUGCUUUCUGAGUGGCGAUGCUGUUGCGGCUUCACCGGAGCCUCUUUGGGGUUCAUUUCCUCCUUCAGCACCAGAGACUUCAUCGUCCCGAAAAAUGAUCGGGCCAAGGGCCCUUGUGACGUUGAGCAGAGCCAGGAGGGCUCAGGGCUUGGGUGGGGUAGGACGCGACCACCCCACAGACCACCGGCAGCAUGGGUCUGGGGGAGUCCAAGCUGCCGCAGAAGGGCAGGUCCUUGAGGCCGCAGGAAAAGGACAUCCUCAAAUCCCCCCUGAUCAUCUUCGUGAUGGGAGGCCCAGGCUGUGGCAAAGGGACCCAGUGCAAGAACAUGGCAACUAAGUAUGGUUUCUGCCAUGUGGGACUGGGCCAGCUGUUGCGGCAGGAGGCCCAACAGGGCACCCGGCGUGGCCAGAAGAUCCGUGACAUCAUGCUCCAGGGGCUCCUGGUACCCACGGGCAUCAUCCUAGAUAUGAUCAGUGACAACAUGUUGUCCUACCCAGAGAGCCCGGGCUUCCUCAUUGAUGGCUUUCCCCGGGAGCUGCGGCAGGCCAAGGAGUUUGAACGCAUUGUCGGCCGGGCCCCCAACAUUGUCAUGGUGUUUGACUGUUCCAUGGAGACGAUGGUCCAAAGAGUGCUGCGCCGGGGUCAGGUGGAGCACCGGGCAGAUGACUGUGAGUCGGCCAUCCACCGGCGCCUGGAGACACACUACACCCUGUUUGAGCCUGUCUUGACCUUCUACCAGCAGAAGAACCUGCUCUGGAAUAUCUUGGCAGAAGAAACUCCACAAAACAUUUUUGCCAAGUGCUGCUCUGUCAUAGACAGUCUGCAGUGAGAUGAAGAUGCUGGGCUCUGCCUUUACCCUCACCCCAGAAUCCACACAGGGCUCAGAAAGGAGUGCAGAGCAUGCGAGAGGCCACGUCUGCCACCAAGUACUGGAACUGAAACCACUUCCUCGAAGAGGCCAAGCAACUCCCAGGGGCAGUUUUAUGUUUGCUGCUGUGCAGAGACUUAGUUCUCACUAUCUUCUAUGGCUGGCUCAACAUGAAGGAUCCCAAUUUUGAAAGAAAAAAAAGCAUGUGAGAGACACAGAAUGAACGAGAGAGCGAGAGCCCAGCCACACUUGUGCCACAACCACUGAGCCACUCACAGGGAGGGCUCCCUGGCACCCCCACGGCCAUCGCUCUCUCGCCAAACGAACAGAAAAAAAAUCUAAACAAACAAAAAAAGCCCCCAAACAGAACAAAAUGGAAAAAAAAAAAAAAAAAAAAAAAGAUUUUCACAGAUGAAGAAGUUCACAUUCAUUCGAUUCAUUGAGCCUGCGGAGAGGGAGAGAUAGGAAUUGGUCACUCCGGGGAGGGAGAAGAAGGGGCUGGAAUCUAGAGGGGGCAAGUGGCAGAGGGGCCUGGACGCCCACUCCGGUCCUGUGGCGAGCUCAGGCUGAAGGGCAAGUGGUAACUGUCUAGUCAAGUGCUCCGGGGAACUCGGCUGAGUCAGACUGGCUCCCUGAUGGAGGAGGAGAAAGAAUGACAAGGAAGGAGAGAGAAGCAGGGUCCUCAGAAAGGGGAAAAGGGGAGAGAGCAAGAGAGAAGCACGCUCAGGGUGCAGAGGGGAGAGGGGUGCCCUUUGUCUUCAAGAAGGUGGGUGGCUCCCGGCACAUCACAACAUCAACAGUCUCAGAUCAUGGUGUCCCCACAACACCCCUGUGAGGUAGGUUGGAAGGUGGCAACGACCAUCAUGCCCACUUCACAGACAAGACCGGGACACAGAGGCGGGCACAGAGCAGAGGCCGAGCCCCUGGAGCUGGUCCCCUCGGUCAGCUCCCUGCAUCCCCCGCCAGAGCCGGGGCUGACCCACACCAGGGUCACCUGCAACGCACAGUCAUUUGGACAUGAGGGGAAAAGAUCAUGGGUUUAAAAAUAAAAUAAAAAGAACAAAACCCAAAAAAAGUAAUG